UUUGUCUAACUUUAGUGCUCAUGAUGAAAUAUAUAAUAAUACAGCCAGAGAAGGGUUUUAUAUUUUUCCAUAAAUGUCUGACAUUUUUUGUGAAUGCUUUUCGUGUACAUUUAAGUUGGGGGGCUUCUUUAGAAAUAGACAAAAAAUGGAAUUAUCACUUAAAUCUCAAGGUAAAUCAUAUUUUUCUUAUCUUACAUAGAACACCAAGACAAACAAUAAAGUCAUGUACCAUACAGACACAAGCAACACCAACAAAAACAACACACUUUUUAAUGGAUGUACAACUUUAAUCUCAUGGAUAUCCAUAGUCCCCACACAAGUCCUGCAGAUACAGAGAUUACUCUCACUUUCACCUCAGGAUCGACGUGAACCACGGCCAGAAUUUUUUGACAUUCCAACAUUUUCUGUUGAUGUGGAGUGUAGACUGAGGCAAGGAGAAUUGCUGUUUAUGAGUGAAGGAACACACCUUAAGGUUUCAAAAGAGCUGAACCAUGAUACUAGAGAGACUGGCAGAAAGAGUAGAUGGUGCAGAUCUUGUUUGUAAUUGUACAUUUGAACAAAGGAAAGGUUUUUCUUUACCUUGCUGACUGUUUCGUUUGCCGACUGCAAAACAUCCUCAGAGCUGAUGCUGAUGGUGGCGUCACUUCCUACUUUGUUGUCGACCUCUGCUGCCCGCGCUCCCCUCUCCGAUGAUGCAGUCCCUGCUUCUGGAACUUGAAGAAGGAUGAACGGGGAGUGGAAUCGCUGACUCAGGUCCUGUGAAUGGGAGUAGGAUUCAAACUUUGAUCUGCCACCAUGAUCAGGCCUGGCCUACAGACAUUUUAAGACUCAUGAACUGUAAAAAAAAAAUAAUUGAUUGAUUUUGCAAAAGGACUGCUUAUGGAAUUGAAUUUCCUGGUUGUUUUAACAUGUGCCUCCUACGAGUUUUUGGAUAAUUAUUGUGUAAUGAAUUAAUAAUUAGGGGCUGGUGUGUAGGAGACAUUAAGAUGUUAUUAAUAAGUGUAUAAAUGUAUUGAUUUGCUUUGGCGUAUGUUUGUAGAUAUUUAGAUGAUUGACGGUCAUGUGAUUAUGGGUGGGGGAUUUAAGUUCGUCCGUUGCACCUGCUCAGGUGUGUAAUGAAUCAAUAAAUGGAUAAAUAAAUUGCUUUGAGCUAUUUAAUUUUAUUCUCAUUACUUGUGACCCAUAGCUGUGAUACACUAUUAAUUAUAGAGCAUCACCUGCUUGGUCUUUAAGAUGAUUAGACAGAAGAUUCUAAGAUUUUUUGUUCAUUCAGGGACUGUAAAAACUUCGUUUAUGAUUCAAGAACCAGUCAGAUUUGCAAAUAAGAUAAGAAUUUAUUUUACAAACAAUUAAGACUUGACAGAUUGUUUAACUAUUAUUUACUGUGAGUGGAUGGAGCUAAAUUCAAUUCAAUUCAAAAAUACUUUAUUAAUCUCCCCAGGUCUGCUCCUGCUAGAGCAAGGCUCCUCCCUCUGAGACGAAUCCUGUGGUUAAUCUGGGGGGUGUUUGACGGUGUAGUCGUUAACUCCGCCCACACAGAUUACCCACUGCAUCUCUGGUAAAAUGGUUUAGGACGGCUCAUCUUUAGUCGAGAAGCAAAACUCUCUUAAGACUUUUGCCUGUCGGCAGCAGGCCGCUCUGUGCGUGUGAUGCGCGCGCGGGUUCAUCCAUAAACGUGCCGCUCGUGAACUUUCAUCAGGUUUCCGAAGGUUUAAACUGUGAUGGGAGCUUCUGUGUUUAUGUUUGUGACCUGAUCAGCGGUGAGACAGACGGAACCGGUCCGCAGGGGAGAGAGAUCCCGGUGGUGUGUGGCAUGUUAACAGACUGGUGGUGCUUGAGGCUGCAGGAGGAUGGUGAAGCACCAACCCUUACAGGUCUAUGAGAAGCAGGUCCUUCUGUCUGUUGUCACGGGGAUCUAUGGUUGUCGCUGGAAACGCUACCAGCGUUCCCAAGACAACAGCUCCAAGUGGGAGUGUGGCUGGUUCAUCAUCGUGUGCAGCUCUUUCCUUCUGCUUCUCGUUUGGACCUACUUCUGGUUAGUGGCUCAAAAUGAUUUCAACGACUUCAACUGGUCGAUUUACAACCGUUCAGGUGAGUGGAAAGAUGAGACGAUUCCCAUCCUCACAUCCACCACUGUUGGAUUCACCUACAUCACCUUCUUACUGAUUUUAGCCCUUUUCCAUAUUUCUUUGGGUCAGCAGCUCAAUCUCUACUGGGUUCACAAGAUCGGAGUGUUGGCGACACUUCUCACCACGGUGUCUGGGAUUGUUUCUGUUGAUGACAUUUGGCGAGAUGAGUGGGACAUCUUGCUUGUGUCACUCCAGUCCACAGCCCCUUUCCUGCACCUUGGAGCCCUGGUCUCAGUCACAGCCAUGAGCUGGUUGGUAGCCAGCCAUGUGGUGCGCAAAGAGAGGUCCAGUUUCCAGAUGAUGGUGUUACUCUUCUACAUUGUAGUCCACCUGGCCAUCUGCCUGGCACCACUCACAUUCACCUGCCCCUGCAUCAUGGACCGCAAAACCCUCAAACCUGCUCCAGCUAUCAUCGGCCGUCGUGGGGCUCCUAUGCUGGUCCCAGAAAACACCCUGAUGUCCUUCAACAGGGCCCUGCAGCAUGGAGCAAGUUCCUUUGAAGCAGAUGUCACCAUCAGUGUGGACGGGGUUCCCUUCCUCAUGAGAGACCACACGUUGAGACGAACCACCGACAUCAGCAGGGUCUUUCCAGACAGAGAGUAUGAAGAUGCUUCCUUCUUCAACUGGACAGAGAUCCGCUCCCUGAAUGCAGGUCGCUGGUUUCUGGAGAGCGACCCCUACUGGACCAUAAAUACCCUGACAGCAAAGGAUCGCAGUCGGAUCGGAAACCUGACUGUCUGCAGCCUGGUAGAGAUGCUCCGUCUAGCGGCUCGAGCUAACAGCUCUGCACUUCUCAACAUUCACAAACCUCCACCUGAACACCCACGCUUCCGCAGCUGGUUCAUGGACACGCUGUGGGUCCUGCAGAAAGCAGGGAUCUCCCCAAAAAGGGUGACAUGGGCCCCCGACACCGACAGGGGAAGGGUGAGAGGCCUUCAGCAGGCCACAAAUGAAAAGCUGUCCCUGGAUGAGAUAAGGCAGCGAGGAAUUACAAGUCUGACACUCGACUACAGAAAGAUCAGCCUCCGGGACAUACGGGAAUAUCUGACCAAUAACGUGAGUGUGACGGUCUACCCUGUGAAUGAGCCGUGGCUGUACUCCCUCCUGUGGUGUAGCGGGGUGCAUUCUGUGUCCUCUGAUGCCCCUCAGAUCCUUCGAAAAGUGCCUUACCCUAUCUGGCUCAUGAGUCACAGUGCUUUCAACUUCAUCUGGAUCACUUCAGACCUCGUCUCCAUCACUGUUGUCAUGGGGAUUUUCUUUUUUCAGAACUAUCAUAUGAUCAGGUGGAGGAUAGGUGGGAUCCAGAACUACAACCCGGAGCAGAUCAUGCUGAGCGCUGUGGCGCGACGACCCAGUCGCAAUGUCAACGUCAUGAAGGAGAAGCUCAUUUUCUCAGAUCUUGACAAUGGGCUGGGAAGCUCUGAGGAACUUUCUCUGUACCCUGAAAACAGUCGUGUGAGAUUUUCUGAUGGAGGAUCGAGUCACUGAACUAAACCCACAGCCAGAGCCAGAUUAACAUUCUGUUGUACCCCAGCAACAAUAUUCAAGGGUCCCAUUAUCAAGACCCCAGGAUCACCAUACCAUGGUCACAUACAGAAUAUUUUACUGUAAUAUGCAGUAAAUAUACUCAAUUCUUCAUAGGACUAAAAAUGCACUACUAUGUCUCAUAUCAGACAUCCACUCAAAUAUGAUGCUAUGAAAACAAAACACAUCAGCAUCUGUAUAAUCUGGUCAAAUUAACCCACUAAGUUGAGAGGGAGGGAAGUAUCUUCCAUGUUUACAAAAAUGAAUAAAUAAGCAAUCACUUUCAAACCAUCAUUUAUUUAACAACACUUAUUCCCAAUAAAACAGCGAGGCCAGCUUUUACAGUUUAACCCAUUUCAAUAUUAUUCAAUGGGGAAAAUGUUCAGGAGGAUUUUAAAGACACCCCCAACAGGUACAUAAAUAAGUCCAUCAGAACCAGAAGCUGCACCAACGCAUCUCGUCUGGAGGUCUAGACAGGACAGGAGACCUAUGACUCUUCCCCACGUACGAUCCAAGCUAGAACGGAGUAAGCCCAACGGGUCGGGUUGGCCUUGGGUCGAUUAAUAAUUUGAGUGUGAUGAAUCGGGCUAGGACGGCAGACAGAGAGAGGAGAUGAGGAUGCACCUCGAAUGAAACACAGUGGAAUCAUUAUCAUUCAUCCAUGGUGGUAAAGAAACACAAAAAUGUAGACUAUGUUGUCUCUGGCGAGCCGUUUUUAAGCUUUAAGUCCAUCAGGUCAGUCGGGCUGUGGCCUUCAAGGACCUGGUCUUCUCCUCCCCUGUUUUCCAAAAAUACUGGCACUCUCAUUUACGUGUACUGUACACACGUGUUUUCAAUAAUUUGGCCCUUUAGUACAUCUUAGUUAAUAUUUAAACAUCCUGCCUAAAAUUGUCAGUGUCAGUGCAGACGUCAGGUAAAAACUCUGCACUGCAUUUGAAUUUAAAUCUGCCUUUGCUAUUGGCUAAGAGGUACACUAUGAUGUUAGCUGGUACAUUAUGAAGUCACAAUGACGUUGUGAGCCUGUGUGUGUAUUUGUUAGUGGCUCCACCCUUUCGGUCUGCCAGGCAACAGCCUUUGUUGCAUUUUUUCAAACAUGAAGUGGGAGUGGAGUGAGACUCUGGUAGGGGGUGAUUUGCUCUUUAAUAAUGAGGAUAUACAUGUUUGAAUUUGAAAUGCCUUCAUUUUGCAAACACAUCUUAGAAAAAAAAAUUUUCUGGACUUUCUGGACCAUCAUCUUCAAAAUCAAAGCCACUAACAAGUUCAUGUCCAAUAGCUUAGUACUGUGUCUGUGACACAAUUUCUCUCUAGAAGACAAGAUAAAAACCUAUACUGCAAAACCUGGCAAAACACACACUUUUAAUCCUAAAUAAUGUGGAAGUGGCAUUUUUCUGGACUUUGACUGUGCAAACUGAUGUAUAAUGUAUUCAAAAUCAAGGCCACUAACAAGUUCAUGUUCAAUGGCUAAGAGAGGGAGUGCAGAGAGCCGUGUCUGUGACAUUGUGCGCAUGGCACAACACAGGAAAGCCGCGUCUUCAGGACAAGACUCUGCAGUCCACCUACACCUGAAGGACAAGGGACACACCUUUGAAGAUGACAAAGUACAGAUUCUGGACAGGGAAGAUAGAUGGUUUGAGAGAGGAGUAAAAUAAGCUUUCUAUGUCAAAUGUGAAAAACCUACUUUAAAUAGGGGAGGGGCUUAGAUUUUACCUCUCCAGUACCUAUAAUGCAGCUUUGAAUCUCAUUCCUAAGCAGUUUCAGUCUAGGUCACACCUUCCUGCAUCUCAUCAACAUGACACCCUCUCAAUAGGGAGCCUAAGUCACACCCAUCUACUUCCGUAUCACAGGUC